CUACGUAUAUCCGGUCACGUGGACCAGCCUGCCGUCACAGCUGUUAGCUUCAUCCGGGGCUAGCGUCCCUGGAUAAAAGCCGUUUUGUGUCAAAAUGGAUGUAAGUCAGGCCAAACAGGAACACCUGCUCGCAUUAAAAGUAAUGCGACUGACCAAACCAACUCUGUUUACCAACCUGCCAGUGACAUGUGAAGAGCGAGACCUACCAGGUGACCUCUUUGGGCGCCUCAUGCAAAACGAUCCGUCCACCAUCAAGGGCGCCGAGACACUCAUGCUGGGUGAGAUGCUCACGCUGCCACAGAACUUUGGCAACAUCUUCCUGGGUGAGACCUUUUCCAGCUACAUCAGUGUGCACAAUGACAGCAGUCAGGUGGUCAAGGAUAUUCUGGUUAAGGCCGACUUGCAGACCAGCUCUCAAAGGCUCAACUUGUCAGCAUCCAACUCAACUGUGGCUGAACUCAAACCCGAGUGCUGCAUCGAUGAUGUCAUCCACCAUGAAGUCAAAGAGAUCGGAACGCACAUCCUGGUGUGCGCCGUGAGCUACACCACACAGUAUGGAGAGAAGCUCUACUUCCGCAAGUUCUUCAAAUUCCAGGUCCUCAAGCCCCUGGAUGUCAAGACAAAGUUCUACAACGCCGAGAGCGACCUCAGUUCCGUGACGGACGAAGUGUUCCUAGAAGCCCAGAUCCAGAACAUCACCACGUCGCCCAUGUUCAUGGAGAAGGUGUCGCUGGAGCCGUCCAUGAUGUACAACGUGACCGAGCUCAACACCGUCACGCACCAAGACCACGGGGUGUCAACGUUUGGCAAGAUGUCCUACCUGCAGCCCAUGGACACGCGCCAGUACCUCUACUGCCUGACGCCUAAGCCCGAGUACGCCGAGAAGGCCGGCGUCAUCAAGGGCGUCACCGUCAUCGGAAAACUGGACAUCGUGUGGAAGACUAACUUGGGCGAGCGGGGACGCCUGCAGACCAGCCAGCUGCAGAGGAUGGCUCCAGGCUAUGGAGACAUCCGCCUCUCCAUGGAGGUCAUUCCCGACACGGUCAGCCUGGAAGAACCUUUUGACAUCAGAUGUAAAAUCACCAACUGCAGCGAAAGGACCAUGGACCUUCUCGUGGACAUGAUCAACACUGCAUCCGUCCACUGGUGCGGCGUGUCUGGUCGACCUCUGGGCAAGCUGAGCCCAGGGGCGUCACUUUCACUCCCCCUCACACUACUGGCGUCUGUCCAGGGUCUCCAGACUAUUUCCGGUCUGAGGCUUACAGACUCGUUCCUGAAGCGUACGUACGAAUACGACGACGUGGCUCAAGUGUGCGUGGUUUGUCCGUCCUAGCGACUGACUUUUUAACUUUUUGGGGUGUUUUUUAAACCAGCUUUAUUUACAAUGGACUGAUGGUGCGCUUCACACUGCACACUGUGUUUUAAUGCUCAUUGAAAUGGUUGUGAAUAAUGAGAUUCUUUGAAAAUGUGAAUGUGUUAAUAAACUUGCCGAAUUGCGGA